UGUACAGCCGCGCGCCAUUACGGGGCGUUUCCGUAGUUCGGCGGCACGAGGCAACGGUUCAGUCGUGACGGUAAUGGCUGGGAAUGGAAGAACUUCAGUUGGCUCUGUUUAUCACAGCCUGGAAGAAGUCCUGAGCGUUCUGAAAAAACCAGAGUUUGGCAUACUGCCCGAGGUGCAGCAGUUGAUUUCCAUUUUCAAUUCAGAACGUGAGCGUUGCAAGAAAGUUCCUCAGUCUGCAGCAUCAGAGAGUAGCAAGAAGUUCCCAUUCAUUGUGCUGGAAGGUCUGGAUGGAACUGGCAAGACGACGGUGACCAAGAAGCUGUCCAAGGCCCUGGGGGCGACGAGCAGGGGGACUCCGCCCCAGUGCCUGCUGGGGCUCAGGGACCAGUUCGACAAGCACCCCAUACAGCUGAGGAGGGCGUUCUACUCCUUGGGGAACUACAUCGCAGCCGACGAGGUGGAGGUGCUUCGCUUCCGGCAGCCCGUCGUCAUGGACAGGUUUUGGCACAGCACGGCGGCGUACGCCGUGGCAUCGGAAGCACGCGACGGCGGGGGAAGCUUGGCCGAGGUGCCCGCGGCGGGCGACCCCGUGUACGACUGGCCGGCCGACCUCCUGAGGCCGGACGCGGUGCUGUUCCUGGACGUGAGCGAGGAGGUGCGCAACUCGCGGCUCUCGAGCCGCGCUGCCACCACGCCCGAAGAGGACAAGCUGAAGGAAGACAGAGUGUUUCGGGGGAACUUGGUGGAAGUCUACAAACGAAUGAGAAAUCCUGGGACUAUUAAAAUCGAUUCAAAUGGAACAAUAAAAAAUGUUCUCAUUGAAAUUAACACCACUAUUCAACACCUGACAGACAAGUGCAAUGUUUCAGAAGCCAUCAGCAGUCAGUAGACUGACAUCAGUUGUUGUGUUGUUCAUUACCUUAAUAUAACCUUUUAUAACCUUUAUAUAACCUCUACUGUCAUGUAACUUUCAAACUUUUUUUUAAUUCUGGACAAUGAUAUGUCAUCUUUAUCUUUGCACCAGAUCCUGAUGCAGAAAUCUAGUAUUUUAUUCUUCUCUUUUUAUUGGGGUAGGCAAUUUCAGUUUUUUUAAUUAGUGUGCCUCCUUUUAAGUAUUCUUAUGUAAUUUCUAGAUGAAUUGCUGUUACCAGACAAAUUAAGUUUCUUUUUUUUUUAAAACAGUGUAGUUAAAAAUAAAUACUUGAUGCUGUUGAAUCCCUACAUUGAAAAAAACUAACCUAUGAGAUAACAGUAGGAGGGAACAAAGAUGCAGGCCAUAUUUUUACUGUGCUCAAAUGAAAAUGCAAUUUAACUUCUAUAAUCAUCAGUUCAUUGUUUUCCUCAUUAAUUUUUUUUGUUAAGUCAGCAAAAUGUUUUAUGAAAAAUUUAUAUUCCAUAUAAAUUAUAUAUUUUGACUUAACACAAGAUUGCCAUAAAAAAAACUUGAGUAAGUGUAGAAGUAUCUAUUUAUUAUCUUUUAUCUAUGUAAUUGUAAUAUGUGUAUGCAAAACUUUUAUAAUAUGUUUCAAUUUCAAGUAAAUACUUCUCAUGUAAUAAUAUUAAAUUAAUAGUAAUUUGUUUUUCUAAGGUUAGUAGUAAUGGUUUUGUGAAUUGUGUAUUUCAUGAUAAAACCUCUUGGUAUGUUGAGAGUUGUAUGCAGGGAUAGCUUCAGGAAGACUUUUCCAAAGGAACUAUUGUGUAAAUAAAGGAUGCAGUUGUAAAACAUAACAUCAAAUCAGA